AUGUCUCCGAAUUCCAACCAGCUCACGUUUAUCUAUCAAAUACCGGCUUAUCACAGUACGCAAGCCGCGUUACUCAGUUCUGUGGCGGCAGGUCUUGCAGGCUGGGUUGCCGGUCCGUUCUUUUUCAUCCCCUUUGUUGCGGUAGUUGGUCGCAGUUCGGUUGUGCUCUGGAGUCUGGCGGUUAUUCUUGUAUGCCAGAUCUGGGCGGCCCAGAUGACUGGCCCAGAUGAUUAUAUCUCGUUUACUAUCUCGCGGCUCAUCUGUGGCCUUUUCGGCGGCAUCCCUGCUAUCCUGGGCAGUGGGUACAUCAUGGACAUGUUCUUUUUGCAUCAACGAGGCAAGGCAUUUGCAAUCUUUGAAGUGCUUAUAAUUUUUGCGGUUGUUAGUGGUGGCACCCUAGGCGGGUUUAUUGCUGAAACUAAGCCCUGGAAUUAUGUCUUUUGGUGGACCCUGGGCCCCGCUGGCAGUGCAAUCGUGGCUGUUUUCCUCUUCGUUGAGGAUACUACAUUUCCUCGCCGUGAUUCCAUGCCCAGGCGUGCACCUCUUCCGAGGAGCUGGUUUGAAAACCGCGUUGCAACCUUCCUGCCUGGCACAAAAACUCAGCCCUCUAACAAAUGCAAAGAGCUGGUAAGGCACGAGUCCUAUAAGAGAAAAGAAACCAGGACUAACGGAAAGUCACUAUCUCAGGUCCGCCGGGUAAUCAUUCCAUUUCUCUUUAUUGCCCUCGGUCUUCCACUCAUGCAAGCCUCGACACUAGCGACCUACCUCGAACCACCCACCGAAGCAGACGGGUACGGCUUUUCAUCGCUCCAAAUGGCAUUCUUCACCAUGACCGCCUGGGUCGGCAUCAUCGGGGCGCAGGUCUACGGCUUCUUGUUCAACGAUAAAAUACCCUUAUGGCUGGCUCGUCGCCGUGGCGGAACCUGGCACACUGAGUACAGAUUGGCCAACACUAUCCUACCGAGCAUCAUCAUCCCCAUUGGACUGAGGAUCUACGGCGCAGGGCUGGAUUAUCACCUCCACUUCAUGGUUCUGGCGCUAGGCUCGUUCCUGAUCUGGUUCAGUGCUCUACUAGCUCUUCCUGUCUGCUACAAUUACAUCAUCGAGUGUUUCUUGCAUCACCCCGUUGAGGCCUCUGUUUCGCUCAAUGCCUACAGAGUAUCGUUUGGGCUGAUGUCUGUUUUCAUUGUGACGCAGUGGCAAGGCUCUGUUGGUGUCGGAUCGAUGUGGGGGAUUGGUGCUUUCCUUAUACUCUUCGUGGAUCUUAUUAUGCUGUGGAUAAUUCUCAAGGGUCACUUGGUUCGAAAGUGGACGGAUAGCCUGAGCAGUAAUAUUACUACCACUGAAGAUGGGGCCAAGAUCAGUAUCAUUGCUAGUCAAUUGAAGGGGGAUGGGCCUUACAACGAUGAAAGGCUUAUUUGA